GGAAGUAUGCCGUUCGUUCAGACAAGCUUGAGUUUGUGUCGUUGCCGUGAAUCCCCAUCACUGUAGGUACAGGAAGCCUACUUGGGCACAUAUUGUCCGCAUCCGAUCAUGUAAAGUCAUGGACAUAUAUUGAUCAUCCCUUCGCUGUAUGGUCCGGUGGAGAGCAGCGGGCUUGGACAGAUGUGUCCGCGGAUAAGAGAGGAGGACCGUUCGCGUGGUUGUCAACAUAACCGGUUGGAGAAAUGGUGGUGUUUUCAUUGAGUCUCAUUCUCACCUUCAGGUCCUGGCAUCGAUAUUAAACUUUCAAGAUGAGGAUCGUCGCGUCUCUGCUGAAGAACGCGAACCCUAAAAUCGAGUUUUACUCCAGAUUUUCACCUUCUCCGCUCUCUAUUAAGCAGUUUCUGGAUUUUGGUAAGAGGACUACCACAUUGAAGGAGGACAACCGUGUGGGCCUUAUAUUGACUCAUAAUCUACAUUCCACCUUUUUUAUUUCUAAUACCUUAUAAAUGGCGUGUCUUUAGUCCUUUCAAUGCUGCCAUUUAACAUGAGACUGUGUUAUGAUCUGAUAUGGCGUUUGAUCUUGGUGUUUACUUUCAAUAACCCAACCAUAACAGCAGCCACUGUACCAUGCAUGAUGAUGGCUCCUGCAUGGCAGCUUUCCAUCCCAGACUUGUUUACCAAGGCCUUGAAGCAUGCAGGUAUUUAGAUUUAAGAUGGCACAAAGGAAGGUUCCAUGAGGAGCAUGUUCCAGAGCAUGUUAGACAAGUUCUCCAACAAGUUUGAUUCAUAUUUUGAGGUCAUUUUCAUUUGCAUGAAGUUGAUUAUAGAGCAUCAGUCAAUGUAGUCAAACAGUCAUUGAGUCAGUGUAGUUUAGUACUAGACAAAUGGGUCAGUGAGUCAUUUUUUCCAUACUUUUACACACAAUGACUGUGCUAGACACUUAAAAAAAAAGACUCCAAGAUGUGUUGGUAGUCACACUCCAGUCAGUCCUAAUCCAUCUGUGAUUAAACACGACUCAUCUUCGUUACGUAAUUUGUUCUCACAGCUGUGGAUUGGAUGUGCAGCACUGGGAACUUUCGGCAAUUGUUGGCUCGCAUGAAGAAACAAAGGGAGCGUCUUGUCGGCUGUAAUUCCUUGUGUCAUUGGAGCAGUAGGGCAGACCUUAUUCAGAGGGGAGCAAAUGAGACAUCUUGAAGAGACUGCUGCAGACUGUGUGGCCUUCCAGGGCUGACUCAGUAUUUACUGGUUUCACUACCUGGUUUUAUUAGUGAUGCAGCCUCUCUUUAAUUUGCUGAGUCAGAGGAGGAUAGUCUGUUGGACAGGCAUGAAGAAACAUUUCCUUCCACUCUGUUGGAGUUGUUCCUUUGCUGUGUGUCUAUUGAUAAGACUUUACCUUUGUUCCCUUUUUUUUGUCGCAUCCGGUGAUUUUCACUCCCAAAGGUUCAAUGGGUUCCAUGUUCUCUUCAAUUAAUCUUUGCAUGCAUGUGUGAGAGGCUGGUGUAUUUGCAGACAGUGACAUUUUCAUGUUGGUUGAGCAAAAGGGGUAGAUAUGCAAAGUCAUCCACAAACUCACGAGACGGACAUCAACACUCCAGUGAUUCAUAUUUUCCUGUGUGGAUGUGAAACCCAAAACCCCUUAACCUUUCUUUGACUCCACCUCUCUACUGCCUAAUGAGAUUUAUGUUUGCCUUUUAUGAAGUUAUUUUGGCACGCAGUUAAGAAAGUCCAAGUCAGUUUAAGGUAUCAUAUGAAAGGUUGAAAAUUAUUGCGGCCUGCUUGCGUAGGCUUAAAAUAGCUGUGGCUGGUGUGUUUACAGUGUGUACUGGUCUUUUUGAUGCAGGAAUUUAAAGGUUAAAGCCCAUAUAAGGGUAUUUCUGAUUAAAAUGAAACAGGCUACAGUAAAUAUGGAUUCCACUGUAUGGGCUACAGAUGCAAACCAGAUCAUUAGCAACAAAAUUCUAUAUCUUUGCCAUGACUGCCUGAAUCCUCUGUUGUGUGCGUGUGGGGGGGUGUUAUGGUGGCUCUAAGGAUCAAUGGGAUGAAUGAUACUAAAGGCAUUAAUAGAUUUUUGCACCAAACACUAAUAUAUUUUACAAAACACAAGAAUGUUUCACAUGAGCACUUUAUUUAUUUAAAAAAAACACUAAUAAUUUCUAAAAACAGGAAAAAUACUGUAAAAAGUUUAAGUAUUUUGGAAGUAAAAAUAAUUGUUUGAAAACCAAAAUAAAUUCUAACAACACAAAAAUACUUAAUAAAACAAAAAUACAUUUCUAAAAAGUUGAAAUAGCUAAGAAAAUGGAAAAAAAAUCUGACUUACUAUUUUUUAUUUUUCAAUCUUUGACAAUUUUUUUUCCAGUCACAAUCAAGUAAUAUGCUAGCUGUCUGCCUCUAAAGACAGUUUUUUCAGGGAGAGAUAUUUUUUUUAGUCAGAGAAAUACUUUUACAUUUUUUAAAUAUUUUAGUUCUCAAAGUUUUUUUUCAAAACUUAUUUAAAAAUUUCAAAGGUUUGUGUUGUUUUUAUUAAUUUUAAAUUGAAUUAUAAAAAAUAUUUGUUUUUAAUUUGUAGUUUUCUUAAAUAUAUGUGGUAAAUUUGUUAUUUUUGUGUGUUGUUUUGUUUUAUGUUUUUAGGUAUUAUGAAAUGUUUUCGUGCCAUUGACCUUCCGGGCUACCACAGUUUGGUUUCAGACUGUAGGUUGCUAAAGCAGCCUGUCACAAAAGAUUCACAUUAACUUUUAAGAUAAAGCAGAGAAACAAAACAACUCAUGUAUCCAAAACACUGACAAUAUUAGCAAAGGUUCUGAGGUACUGCGUUGUCCACAGGGGGCGGCAAAGUCGACGCAAACUUUAAAUUACUUGCCAGAGUUCCAUUGUAUAUUUGAGCAUUUUUGUGGACGUUUUCACCCAUAUCGUUUAUAACAAUGAUAAUCCCAUGGUUUUCAUGCACAGAGAAGCCCAGCUGAUGACCUAACUUUGAGAGAGUUAUAUUUCAGGAAUAGCAUUACUAACACUAAAGUGUCAAGUGUCGAUAUAGAUAUUUGCUUUGUUGUGUUUUAUUUUGAAUUAAUACCAAAUGUUCGCUCCACCAGGUAGAGACAAUGCUUGCGAGAAAACAUCAUACAUGUUCCUACGUAAGGAGCUGCCUGUUCGGUUGGCCAACACCAUGAGGGAGGUCAACCUCCUGCCUGAUAAGUUGCUGAGCCAGCCCUCUGUCAGACUGGUACAGAAAUGGUGAGACACCCUCUCCAGGAACUCUCUUAACACGGCCAUCAGGGAGAUAAGCAUGUGCAAAAGUUUUGACCUUUGUUUUUUUUAUUAGGUAUAUGCAGAGCUUCGUGGAGCUGCUCGAUUAUGAGAACAGAAAGCCAGAGGAUCCUCAGGUUCUGAAUGAGUGAGUGGAUAUCACCUUGAUCAAUGACUCAUGAACAGAUAUGCAAUAAACAUAGAGUAAGGACGGGCACACAGUGUCUUUUAUAGUCCUACUAUUGCAGCUAAUCUACUCAGUACACACAUCGCUAAUGGUUUCAUGGGUAACCCUGUGUAUUUAUACUAUAACAAUGGCCGCAUGAUAAACAGCAGCACAUGAAGUAUAAACACAGACAGGAGUCUGGAUAAGGCUGCGUGUUUACAGAGUGCAGUUCCAAGAAUAGCUCUGUUCACUGAAAAGGAAAACGCAGAGAUAUGAAGCUUUGCACUCCUCCUGAUUAGAUGUUUUAGUCUUCAAAACAGCAAACAAAUAAGAGACAAGAGUGCCUCUCUUGACUGCUAAUGAAAAUAAAAGUUAAAAUCCUGAUUUAUGACUCCCUGAUUAUCUUCUACUGACUUUAAAACAUUGAAGAAGCAACAGUCUUGCACAUGCUAAUGUAUUUUCUUUAUCUUUACAUUUUUUCUUGUUUUUUUUUAGUUUCCUGGAGCUCUUGAUCGAGAUCCGUAAUCGUCACAAUGAUGUGGUCCCCACCAUGGCUCAGGGCGUCAUCGAGUACAAAGAGAAGUUUGGUUUCGAUCCCUUCAUCAGCAGCAACGUCCAGUAUUUCCUCGACCGCUUUUACACCAACCGAAUCUCCUUCCGCAUGCUCAUCAACCAGCACAGUGAGUCUAUCACAAGUGUACCAUCCAUCCUUUUAUUCUUUCACCUCUAACUUACACGUCUUUCUGUGCAGCUCUUCUGUUCGGUAACGACACCAACCCAGCACUCCCCAAGCAUAUAGGCGGUAUUGAUCCAACCUGCAAUGUGGCGGAGGUUGUUAGCGGUGAGUAACAGCAGGUCAUUGUGCAAUCCUUUCAUUUCUAGAUGUCCUUUUAUGGAUUUAUGUAAUUAAGUGGCAAAAAUCAAACAACUUAGAGUUCAUGGAUGCCAACAUGUUCAUACAGGGAUGCUUUUCAACAGAAUUCCAGCAGCGUGAAUCCAAAGCUGCACUCUGAGUGACCUUUCAAUAAACAGAAGCUACAUUAAUGAUCUGUGAUAGGAAUCCACGCCCAGACAAGGAACAUACUCUGCUCCGUCUGUCCUUAUUCAUGUUGUUUUUCUUCCGCAGAUGCCUACGACACAGCCAAGAUGCUGUGUGAGAAGUACUACUUAGCAGCUCCAGAGCUGAAGAUUGAAGAGUUUAACAGUAAGAGAUUUUGUUUUUGCUUAUACUCCAUCUAUGUGUUUUACCCUUUUCUCCCUGUAAUCCCAGUGAUUCCAGGGCUGGAGGGUGCAGCUUAGAGUCCAAAUUUAGACCCUUGAUUACAAUGUCCACCAUCUCAUUAACCUCGAAAGAACCAGCUCUCUUGUCUUGUUCUUCAACACAUCAUGUCCGAUCUUCCAGUGAAGGCCCUGAAAAAGCCCAUCCAGGUGGUGUAUGUGCCCUCUCAUCUGUUCCACAUGCUGUUUGAGCUCUUCAAGGUAAGCAACGUGCCGAAUCGGAGCAUGUAGCUUUAACGGGUUCAGUGCUCUUUCAAUGUAAUUAAACCAUAAUGGGACUAUAAUUCUGUCAGGAUUUGUGCUGAGCUGGGUUAAUUAAAUGUGUGGGUGUUUGUAGAACUCGAUGAGAGCCACGGUGGAGCUUCAUGAAAACAGUGCAGAGGGAUUACCGCCGGUGAAGGCCAAAGUUACUCUGGGUAAAGAGGAUCUUUCAAUAAAGGUAAACCAGCGAAAAGUACAAACCUGAGUGAAAAUUUGUGUAUUUUUCUCAGAAGUUAUCUUAUUCUCUGAUAUUUUGUUGCUUCUCAGAUCAGCGACAGAGGAGGUGGAGUUCCUCUGAGGAAGAUAGACCGUCUCUUUAACUACAUGUACUCCACUGCUCCAACACCAAGUCUGGAGCCGGGAGCUGUUCCAUUGGUAAACACAAACACACACACACACAUAAAAUCAAACAAGUACUGACUGGUAAAAGUUUCAAACACCUUCUGGCCUCAAUGUUAUGUAUGUAUCUCGUGACACCUGGGAAGCUAAAACCAGACUCUCCACUCCCCCCCACUCCCAGGCUGGCUUUGGCUACGGUUUGCCAAUUUCCAGGCUCUAUGCCCGAUACUUCCAGGGAGAUCUGAAACUUUACUCCAUGGAGGGCGUUGGCACUGAUGCGGUCAUCUAUCUGAAGGUAAAGUGAGCUAGUCAAAUCUGGAACACGGUUUAAUGGCUUUCUUGGCUCUCAAGGACGUGGUGCUUUUGAGGGUCAGAGUUUAAAUGGAUAGUUUGAAGUUUGUGUAAAUCUCUUUGUACUGUACUUAGUGUCAUCUAGGGUUUCAUUGUCUGUUUUAUUCUGCUGUCUUCUGUCUAAAGGCCCUGUCCAGUGAGUCAUUUGAGCGUCUCCCGGUGUUCAACAAGUCAGCAUGGCGGCAUUACAAGACCAGCCCGGAGGCGGAUGACUGGAGCAACCCCAGCAAGGAGCCACGUGACGCCAGCAAGUCCAAAUACAAAGCCAACAGAUAACUCUGCCCGACCUGCUUUGCUGGAAGCCUGAAAAGCUUGCUCUUUUAACCGAGAGCAUGUUGGAUGAAAUGUUGCCCUUGGGGAAAAUGUUUGGUUUCGAAUCAGACUUUUACAUUCCAGUGGUUAAAGGUUUGGGAAAGAUGCAUGAGCUGGGCUUUUAUCUCUACCCAAUGGCAAUAACAUUCAUCAGCGUAGCUUUUUUUGUUGUGGCAUUAGCACUGGCUCUCCCAGGAUAGAGGUUAAAAUGAACCUCCUGAAAAUUACAUAUAUCCUCACUGUUGUUUAACCAGAUGACUUGUGAGUCUGUGCUGAAGCUGACUUCAUUUUUCCCUCUAUCUGGCCAACUCACUUCGUCGCCAUUAUCCCUUCCUCUGUCUCAUGCACAGUUUGGCCCGGCUCUCUGCUGACUAGGCCGCUCCUCCUUGUGGCUGAAUAAGCUGCACAGUGCUGAUUGAAAGCCUUUUUCACCGGUACUGGAGGCUUGUAUUCUGUUUCUCACUCUCUCACAUACAAGAUGAGUCAGAGGGACGAGUUUCGGCGCAAACUGGAAGCAGAGGAGGUUUCAUUUCCUUCCUUUGGGAGACACUUUGGACUGAACGCACAAGUAGGCCAGUGUGCCACUGGCAUAGUAAAGACUUGUUUUGACUACACUCUAUUUAAGCCUGAGAAAGUGUUAGAAGGAUAAAGUAAAAUUAUACCUCUUUUGGAAUAAUUACAGGAAGAGUACAUAUUAUUUUUGAAGAUCUAGAAGUCAGGUUUUAUUAUUGUACUGAUAUGAAAGAGAAGAAGCCUUACUUCUGUGAGCUUAGAGCACGUUUGAUAGUUUCAGAGUCUGCCAUAAAGGCCACACAGCAACUUGAAAUGAGACAAAAAGAGUAUUAUGUUCAUAUUUUACUACUUAAUAUAUUAGGUUAACAAACAAAAUGCCCUAAACUACAGAGAGUUGACCAGUUCUGACCCUUAUCAUGCUUUUUAUUCCUCUUCAUUGAAUCUUGAUUUAAAAUCUGCUUAUGGACCAAAGGGGCAUCUUAAAGAUGCUCAAAAAGACACCAACAUGCCAGUCAAGUAGCUUCAACCACACCAGCAUGAUGUAUUGUACAAACUCUCGCAGAGAGCGAUGGACUGUUGACUCUCAAAAGGACUGAAAUAAGGAAUACACCAUCACACAACAUGCUAACAGCUUUGACUAUCAGUGCUAGCAGUGCUUCAAACAGUCAGCUUUCAGUGUAGUUGUUGUGUUACUAAUCCCUGCAGUCCUCUGAGUGAUAGAACAAAGCUUGUGUGCUUCUAAAAUUGUGCUUUUGCUUUUGUAAGAGUAAGAAAAAAAAACAGAGAAAUGCACCUGAAUAGAGAAAUAUGAGGUUUUUAAUUUAUUUAAUCUAUGAACAAAAGAGUUGAAUAACUUCUUUUUUAGGCUUUUGCACUGUUAUCUUUCAGUUCUCACCUUUGACAUGAGAAAUAGAUCAGUUUUUAUGAUCUCUUAGUGAUGAUUUUAGUCUCUGAUUGUAUUUAAACAAAAAUGUGGACUAUGACAGAGGAUUCAGGCCACACUUUGGGAAAAAAUGAGAUCUGAGAGCUGAGUUGUAAUUUUGCAAGAAGAGGAAAAAGUGAUAUAUCUGGGAAUAAAUUCUUAAACUUGCAAGAGUCUAAAAACAUACAUUCUCCCACAUAAAAUUAAAGUCUCAGAUUUGGUCUGUUUAUAGCCUAGAUGUUAGAAAAGCAGGGUGUGGAGCCUCUUAUGAAGGUCGACUUUUGUAACUGUAUCUCAAUUUCAAUGUGGACUCAGCACCGCAUUAUUUAAAUUAUCAGGACUCGAAAAAGAGUAAAUUUGUUGAACCUGCACUACAGUUGAACUUAAUCCACAUUCCUCAUGUUACUGAAGGCAGCUAACCACAGAGCAAAAUUAUGCCUUUAUUUCUCAUAAUCUCAUUUCUUUCCUUAAAUGUGACCCUAAUACUGUGUUAUAGUGGACAACCUACUCCAGGUUUCUUUAUUUAAUCAAUAGGAACUCAAGUAAGUUUCAGUAAACUGGCAGGGUACAGUGUUUUUAAAGGAGACGCUGAUCUUUGGUACUGAAACUAUAUUCAGGAACCUUUUUAUUGCACUUUGUUUGGGCUACACUAGCAUUUUUCCUUCAAGUAACUGCUUACAUUCUUGUCCGUUUUUUUAUAAGGAUUUUUUUUUUCAUAAAAUUAUGAUCAGAUGAGAUUCAAAGUCACCACCACUGAAAAAAAAAAGGCCCAACAUGGCUCAUACUAGUUUCUACCAUUUGUUUAGACGGGAUAUCAGGAAAUUUCUGUUUUCUAAAGUGACCUCCUUUUCUCAUCUCCUUCAGCUCAAGUUUGAUACGAAAAGAAAAGGAAGGGGUGUAGCUGAAGAAAUCAGAAAGACAAGCUUCCUCAUCUUUUCAGCCUCGCUGUAAGAUUUCGUCACUGCCAAUGCCUUCAUGAACUGCCAGUCUCUCUGAGUGUGACUCGGUGAUAACCCUGCUGUAAAGGAAGUGCUGUGUUGUUCACUAAACACAACAGACCGCCUCAUUUCGAUGCCUCAGUUCAGCAUUGGAAAUCUGUGGUCCCCCCUGUUGAGAUUUCAAUUCCAGCUGUAUUAUUUAGAGGCCUGUGUGUCUUCACUGUUGAAGUAUGAUUUUUAGAGAAUAUUGUGUACUGAACUAUUCAAACAUAUUCGCUGUUUAUGCAGCCGGUGUGGAGUUUCAACUGUGUGUCCCAUCUUACCGUAACUCCUGCUUAGACAAAUGCAUUUGUGUGCAUCGAUGAAGGAGCGAGUGGAGACAUGCAACAAACCCAAAGGAGAUAGAAAAGUCUAAUGUUGUGUGUCAGCAUGAGAUCAACUUCAACUGUCAAACCCUGACAUUAAAGAAAAAGCUGUUGUGUGUGUGAUCCAUCUGUGUCCAGUUUCAGAUUGUUUAUUUAUUUACAUAUUAAGCUGUUUUAAAGGUUAAAACUUAAAAAAAAGAAAAACAUUCUCAAAGUUUUUUUUUUACAUAUAGUGCAGAUCAACAUGAGGUUAUGCUCUCUACAUUGCAUUUGGGGUAUUCAUUGUAUUGUUUGUAUGGAGGAGAUGCCUGAAAUCAAUACAUCAUACCUUACAUUUUCAAUAACAGCAAAUCAAAUAUCGAACAAUAUUGAAUUUCCCUUCAGGGAUAAAUAAAGUUCUUCUUAUCAAACAUAAAUGAGAUAUUCCAGCUUUUGUGGAUCUGACAGUACAUCUGGAGGGCUUCAGUUAUUGUAUUAUUUCAUAUUUCAAGUAUCAUAAGGGUCCUGGAGGAAGGCUUUAUCUCCAAGUUUGUAGGGUCUGUUUUACAGCUGACAUGGUCCAAAGAGCAAAAUUUGGACUCAACACUGAUCAUAAAACAUGGAAAAGGUGUAAAAGUGGCUUUUUUUCUGUGAUGGAAAUCAAUAUUUCAGAGAUGAGAUGUGGUAUUUAUGUGGCUUACUAGAUGGUGAAGGAUUUGUGUAUCUGUGGCAUUUCACCAGAGAUCAGGGUGAAGACUCAGUUUACAUUCAAGAAGCUAAUAAUCACAAUCAAGUUAUUGGGACGAUCUAAGAGAUGUUUUACAGAUUAAAUGAAGCCAAAAUCUCAAACCCCAAUGGUCUGCUACUUCCCUUGGCAUUUUUGGAUUAUUAGUUUUAAUCCGUUUAGUAGUUACACGGUUACAACUGUAACAUGAGCACCACUCGAUCAAAGAUUGUGGUUCACUGAUUUUUUCCUGGCUGAUGAUUUUGGCUACAAUUGGAGCAAACCGGUGUGAAGGCAUUGCCCAACAAUUCAACUAUGAUAAACUAGCAUGUGUAGUAUCCUUUCCUCAAGCACAAAGUGACAGAGUGAUAAAAGUGGUGGGUAAGUCCAGUUCCUGCUCAUCAACAUGACCUGUUACAAACAUUUUAAAUACCUUUGUGUCCGUUCACAUGUGGUUCUUGGUCACAGUGGUAAAAAAAAACUUGGCAAAGACAAAAAAGAAGGGAAAAAGACACAAAACAAAGCGCUGACAUUAUGAGAAGGAUGUAGGACAGUCUGUCAGUACUGGACAAUCCAAAGAAAAUACUCCUGAAAGGUGCUGCAAAGCAUUUUGGGAAGUCUGAUGAUAUGUAAAACUGCGUACCCAAAUCCUCCGACUAUCCUCCUGCCUGUUUGGUUGACAGUUGAUGGCUUCUUAGCCCUGCAGCAUUAAACUACAUUUCCCAUGAUCCUCUUCUGCGUUUCAUCUUAGCAGCUUCCUUGAGAAGAACUGUUACAGUGUCUUGAUAAUUUUUGGGGAAGUAUUUUUAUUUGUGUGUGUGUGUGUGAGCAGUUCUCAGGCAGUGAGUGAAGUGUGUGUGUGUGUGUGUGUGUGUGUGUGUGAGAGAGUGUGUGUACAUGUGUGAGUCCAACAGUCUACUUCUCAUCUUCAUCACCUUCACUCAUGCUACUCAUAGAGGCAGAUGCUCCCUUAGGGGAGGUUGGAGGCGAGGGCCGGGCAUUGUGCCAGCGAGCCGGGGGAGAUGGAGGGGAGGGGGAGCGCAGGGGGGACAGUUCGCGGGGAGGACUGUUGCAGGGCGACUCUCUGGGAGACAGAGCGUAGGAGAGCAUCCGUCCACUGCGUUCCUGAAACACUUGUUUCUGUAUCGAACAGAGAGGAGACAUUUGGACAAACAACAUUAAGAGCCAAGUUCUAGUGAUGAGCACGGCAGUUCUUUUAGAUCUACUGAAUCAUUAGCAUCAGUUCACUAAAAAGAUUCGUUCGAAAGAUUCGUUCACCAAAUCACCGAAUCAUGUAGCGCUUAGAGGGAGAAGCCUGCGACUCCGACCUCCUGAACUGAUACACAGCUGAACAGUUCAGGAUUUAGCUCAAUUCGUAGCUUCUGGGACUGGGAGACAUGAGUGUUUGGCUGUGUUGCUUUGACAAACAGGUUUUAAAAAUGAACUUGUUUGUAAGUCAUGAUGUUUUAAGUGUACUGUUCUAUUUUAUGCUAUUUAUCAGGUCUGCUUGGUAAAUCGGGCUCAGUGAGUGAUUCGUUCACUGAAUGUUUAGAAGAAUUCAAACUGAACAUACACCGUUCCCUCGCAAACCGCUGCAAUGAUAGGAUGCUGCGGGUUUAAUGCACUACUUGUUACAUGCUGUGCCCUAUUGUAUGUAAGUUAUUGUGGUGGCAAUGUAGCAGUUAAAAAAAAAGAAGAAGGUCAUUUUGUCUGACAAAAAUGAUUCCAGAGAGUGUAGUUCAAUGCGUGAAUCGUUCACCAAGUGGUUCAGGUGUUGGUGCAUGUGGUCCCUCGUUCACUGGCUGCUCGACAGGCAAUGCUGUUUCUCACUCCAGCUCAACUGAAGUGAGAAACGAAUGAAUCACUCGAGAAAGUGAUUCGGUUUAGUACAUUCACUUAAAAGAUUUGGUUCUUUUGAACGAAUCGUUCGCGAACGACACAACACUACCAAGUCCAUGAAAGCAACAACUGAGAUACAAAGUCAUAUAUAUUAGCUGUUAGUUUGUAAUGGAAGCCUUUCAGUGUCCUAUAAGCAGUAAUUAACAUGUUAUUAUCCCUUUAUUAACUUAUUAUUGGCUAUUAGAUAAUACUUAUUACAAGGCCCUCACUAUUAAUCAUGACAGUACUUUUUUAAAUAAAGAGAUACAUGCCCAAGUCCCAUCAGGGCCAAACAGCUCUAAGAAGUUGCCGAUAAACUCUCUCGAUUUCUCCUCCCAUUUCUGGAUGAGGUCUGCGCUCUUCUCCUCCACACGGUAGACAAAAUGUUUACUCUUCUCCUCUACUGUACGGACCUUCUCCUUCAUCCGGUCCACCUGGUUCUGCAGCCGGUACUUCUUCUCCUAAUGGGAUUAAAACGUGGAUGCAAAGGGAUUGUUGGAAUGUCAAUCUCAAUCAUGAAACAUUACAAAAAGGCAGUUUAAGAGACCAGUUUUAAGAUUGUGUUUUAUGAUAAAUGCAUAUUUAAUCAAAGUAAGAUUUUGAGUCUAAUAUCAGGGUGCUGGUUUACCUAUUGAACUUAACAAUCUGUCCUAUCAAUUAUGGUAAAAAAGCCCCCAUAAACAAUAAAUAACAGUACCUAUAGCAAAAUAUAUAACAGCCCUAGAGGAAUCUUGUUUAAACAUAGUACAACUACAUAUCAUGUGUAUCUUUCAACACCUGUUGAAUAUUUAAUACAAAAGCUAUAUAUGUUUGGUGCAUGACUUUAUAUCUGUCUACAAAUAAGUUUUUCAGUGAAAGUCAGAGUUAUAAAAAAACAUUCAAGUGCAAAAUCUACAAAACACACCCAGUACAAAAUACUGUUAAAUUACAGCAGUCAUCCAAAGACAACAGGAGCUUUUUAAAUGAUUUUUUUUCAAGAUAUAGCGGCUAUUUAUUUGACUGACUCAGACUUUUUUGGGAAUGGUAACUACAGUUAACAGUUCAUGUACGGCUCUUACGUUGAUGUAGCUGACGUUCAGCUCCUUGGCUGUGUAACCACGUUGGAGGUUGCGCCGGGCGUAGACAUCAUAGUCUCUGACGAUUCUAGUUAUUAAGUCAGAUGUUGAGAUUCCCUCUGUGCGCUGUGUGGGUACAAACAUCCCUGGUGCACCCACAGAGGAAAACACAGUCAGAAAACAGUUCAAAAGAAUAUUUGAAGUGAAGCUGCGUGAAUUAAUCUCAUCACACACUGACCUGCCUCCUUAAUGUGUUUAUAAACGUCCUCACUUCCUGCUGAGGAGUAUGGGAUAUCAUCAUGAGCCACAAAAUCGAUCUGAGGAACAAUCAAAGGUCACACAUGGUAUGGCUGAAGACAAUGCACUGGCACAGUAAUGUGAGGUAAAACAGACACAUGCUCUCAGCACGCAAAAGUCAAAAAUGGGGAUGGUGUCAAUAAGAGAAGUCCUCUUAUAAUUUAUUCUCUGAAUGAUGACAGUCACACAUGCACAAACCUUGUGUUUCUCUAGAAACUCUGGUGUGAGAGUCCAGGGUGCGUCUCUCAAGAUCUCGUCGACAUAGCGGCAGUGUCUUAGUGCUUCAUAACGUUCAGUCUCCGUCAUGACUGUGAAACCCUUGUACUUAUGGGUCAGCUCAUCACUGCACACUGUUCAAAGCACAUUGAAGAGAAAGGCCAUGAAACACCCACAAAACACAGAAUCAUGCUCAUCCUUAUCAAACAAAUCUGAGCCCUGGCAUGUGUGUGUGUGUGUUCAGAGUACAGUAUGUGAGCUCUGCUGUACCUCCUACUAUGAGGUAGGUGUUGGGAAAGAGGUUCUUGGCCUGCAUGAGAGCACGUGCAUGUCCAGAGUGGAACAGAUCAAAGAUGCCGUCUGCGUAGACUCUGACCGGUCGGUCCACUGAGAACACAGAAAUAUAACAGCAAAUAUCAAAGCAAACUGCAGUGCUGUGUAGGAAUAUCCCUUUCUUUCUUUUUUCAUUUGUGUCCUUUUAGUUUGUACCUUGUAAAAACUAAGCAGUGCUGUUAUCUUUAUUUAGCUAGUUGCUUUAAAUAUAGUGUGCAGCAAUUAUCCUAAAGCUUUAGGCUUGGCAAACACUUCUUAUAAAACUCAAAUAAGUACUGAGGAGAGUGGGGUAAGAUGAGCCAUUUUUCAUAUUUUGGAUCACUACAUCGAAGCAAUCAUAGUUUUGUCUCUAACUAGUGUAUCUGCUUAUAUUUCAAGAUGUUGUGCAUCCCUGCAAACUAACAGAAUGAGUGUAAAUAUAACUGUCUUGAUAAUUUAGCAUGACAAAAAAAAAAAAGAGGUCAACUUACCCUGUGUAUGGGGUAAAUUCAGCCAUAUCCAUACUACCCGCCCAUUCUCCGCCCCAGCCCUCCCUCACCUUUCAUCUAUUGUGAUUCUUUUUAUUAUUGUUGAAUAUAACUGCACGGGCUCAUCUUUCCCCUGGCCAAAUGGCUCAACUUACCCCAGAGCUACUAUGAUGACUUUAUUAGUCCUCUAAGCUAAAAUGGUGGACUUUUAUGCUAGGUUUUUGACCUCAUGUUGUAGCUUAUAGAUACCACAAUUAAUGUGUAAAACAAAUGUGAAAUGAUCUUUAAUGGUCUGAACACAAUUCUAAAAAAAACUUAAGACAGACAAAAUUCACUUUCAAGAGUGAAAAAUGUUUUUUUUUUUAAAUAAAUGUCUAACCCCUUCACCCAUGUGCUUCUAACCUUCACAGACUCCAUGAAUUGCUGCCCAUCUCCUAAAUAUUUGGUGACAUGAUCAAUUUCUUUUACCAUUUCCAAGCAACAGAGGGUGGCUCAACUUAGAAAAUCUCCUUCUUGUACCUUCUUACAUCUUCUUUAAUACUUUCUUUCUCUGGAUGCACCCAUUUAGCAUCAGUGCUAAAUUGUUUAGGAGUAGUAUGAAUAUUUGUGGUGAUGGAAAAGGCAGUAAGGCCUGCGGCAAUGUGCUCGCAGAGGUAGUAGAAAAGCAUAAAAAUAGUAAGUAGAGGCAGGAGAAAGGAGGGAUUAAAGAUGAUAAUGAACAUCUAGAACAUGAAAGAGGUCUUCUGUACCUGGGGUUCCUCUGCGAGCCUGAGCGAUGGUGAGUUUUUCAUGAGGGGCGCGACAUUCACAACUGGUCUCCCUGGCAAAGAUGGCAGGUUCUGUCAAAGUCUGAGAGAAGAAUAGACAGAGUUAAAGAUUUAAAAAAGAAAAAUGCACGAAUUCAGAGAGGACGACUGAACAGAGGAGUCUAAAAUUAGCUUUUUAAAUCACUUCAGAAACUUCAACGAUAUUGCUAGAAAGGAGCAGAGACCAAUCCCCAGUCCUCCUGUCCUCUCGUUCCUGUUUUAGUAACCUCCAUUAAGAUAUUGACCACAGCUGAUGCCUGCUCCAUAUCCAGCCGAUGGAUUUAGAGAGAGAAAGAGCUGCACUCAGUGUUAUUGAUCACGCUGUGUGAAUGUUUGGGCAGACAUUUUUGUGUGUCGCCUGUUUGUGUGCUAACAUGUGGCAGAAAACAAGAACAGAGCUAUCGAUCUGUUGAGGAAACCGUCUCAGGAAUUAGCUGAAAACCUCCAGAGUGAGAAGAUGGAAAGACUGUGAUCAUUUUUGAAUAACUCACACAUCAACUGGGCAGAUGUUGACAGAGAAAAGACAGCAACACUGUGAGACAUGGAAACUAAGACAGAUGGAGUGUAGCGCUAGUGUAGAAGACACAUCAAGGUUAAAGCGUUAUACUGUGGGCCUGCCUUAAAAUUUGUCUUUGUCUGCCAUCUGUUGACUACAGGGAAUACACGCUGAAUCUCAUUCACAGAGCGGUAAAAUGUGGGAGUGCAAGAGGAGGAGGAUAAAAUGGAAACACAUUCGGUCUCCAAGGACAAGACUGGAAAAUGACGUCAAUACGUCCUCAAAGAGCGGCAACAAAAGCAAAGUCUGACAUGACACAGGUGAGGACGGGCAGGUAACCUGAUCAUUUGUAUAGAUACUCAGACAGUGCUUCCCUUUUUGAUGCUAUGUAUUUAAAAAUUGGACAGACAGACUUUCUUUUCCAGGAAUAGUGAUUCUAUUGAUCUGGGUUUAAAGUAUUCAAGGGACUAUUUUUUAUUACUGCUCAAGGACAUUACGUAUUGUUAAUAGCUAUUCCAAGGACUGAAUGAUUUUAAAACUGUAAGUAAUGUCAUGAUACAAAGUCGAAUAACAUUGUGUCACCAUUUAAAAAAAGCUAUGACCAAGUGACCUUAGUGCAGCAGUGAAGAGUCGGCGGGUCAGAACUAAAUGUUCAUGUACAAAGAACUCUGAUAUGGAGGUACUCAUGUACUUAAAAACCUGCAUCCCAGCUCUGUUUGGGACCCCAAACCACAAGAUCACUUGGUAACAUUUAACAAUAACCAUAACUUAUAAAUGGUAAACAGACCAUUUAUAAAUGGUAAGCAGAUAGUUUAUCAAUGUUUAAUUAUCAUUUAUAAAUAGCACAUAGACCAUUAAUAAAUUGUAAAUUUUAUAAUUUUAAAAAUGUAACCCUAACUCUAACUUUACAAUAACCAUCCAAGUAAUGUUUAUAGGUGGUUUAUAAACCACUUAUUGAUCAUUCACAAAGUAUUACAAACAUCAGUUGCAACUUUACAAUAACCAUAUAGAUGGUUUAAAGAAAAAACAAAUAUUAACCAAUUACAGAGUGCUACUGACACACAUUUUAAUCUAGAUGUUUUACAACCAAUAUUUAAACCCUACAUAAACCUUAAAUAAAUAGUCCAUUAAUAAUUUAAUGAAAAUUAUUCAUCAAAAUUUCAAUGCUUGUUAAUGGUAAAGUAACUAUUAAUUUACAUUAAUAAACUAUCUAUAUGCCAUUUAUAACUGGUCGAUAUACUGUUUUUAAAUGAUGAUUAAACAUUAAUAAACUAUUUACCCUUUAUAAAUUAUGGUUAUUGUACAUUGUUACCGAUCACUUAAAUAAACCUCAGUAAGUUAAAAUGCAUACAUCGCAUUUGUUACUCAAUGUGAUACUUUGACUCUACUGCAUUUAAUGAGACCUGCCUAAAAAAGUAGCUUAGUGGGGCUGCAAGGUUAAAAUGUCUACUUAUCUGCACUAAAACACACCAAUAUGCUUUUGGUGCAACUUCUUCUACACAUUUGACUGUAACUGCAUUUCACAAAUCACCUACAAAACAGACAUCUAAAGCAAGUCUGGAAACAAGAUAUGCAGUGUGGACAGGUGGAUUUCAAUAAUCAUGCAACUUCUUUCUAUGAAGCAGGAUUUACAGCGAUAUACAAGAGGGAUAACGAAAAGGUAUUAGUUUCUAACAACUGUGCAUAAUUACGACCUGUUUACUCGCCUGACCUCCC